GUGCAAGUGCUGUGUCCAAUCGGAUCGCUUUGGAGGCGGGGCUUCUGCGUACAGCCCGCGGGCCUCCGCCUUUCCUCCUUUAUUGUUGUUAUUGUUUGCUGUCAAAAUGGAGUUCUUACUCGGAAAUCCCUACAGCACUCCCGUGGGCCAAUGUAUCGAGAGGGCCACCGACGGAGGCCUCCAGAAUGAGGACUGGGCCCUCAACAUGGAGAUCUGCGACAUCAUCAACGAGACCGAUGAGGGGCCAAAAGACGCCACGCGGGCGCUGAAGAAACGACUCGGUGGCAACAAGAAUUACCGAGAAGUCAUGCUGGCGCUUACGGUCGUGGAGACGUGUGUGAAGAACUGCGGCCACAGGUUUCACGUUCAGGUAGCCAACCGAGAUUUCAUCGAUGGCGUUUUGGUCAAAAUCAUCUCCCCCAAAGCGAAUCCGCCAAGCGUCGUGCAGGACAAAGUGCUGUCGCUCAUACAGGCCUGGGCCGACGCGUUCCGAAGUAGUCCUGAUCUCACUGGGGUGGUGCACAUCUACGAGGAACUGAAGAGGAAGGGCAUGGAGUUCCCCAUGGCAGAUUUGGAUGCACUGUCCCCCAUCCACACACCGCAGCGUGGCACACCAGAGGUGGACCCGGCCAUGAUCAAGUACCUCACCCCGGGGGCGAGCAGCACUGCUGCUGCAUCUCCAAAACCUGCCAGCAACUCACCUGCCACACAGGUCUCGCCACGCGGGCCCAUCACAGCAACUCCCCAACAGGUGGCACGGUUGCGCAGCGAGUUGGACAUCGUGAGAGGCAACGUUAAAGUCUUGUCGGAGAUGCUCACCGAGAUGGUCCCCGGCCAGGAAGAUGGAUCCGAUCUCGAACUGCUCCAGGAGCUGCACAGGACAUGCAGAGCAAUGCAGCAGAGAGUGGUGGAACUCAUCUCGCGCGUGUCCAACGAGGAAGUGACCGAGGAGCUGCUGCACGUCAACGACGACCUCAACAACGUAUUCCUCCGAUACGAGAGGUUCGAGAGGUACAGGUCGGGGAGAGGCGCUCAGAACAAAGGGAUUUUGGGCGAGGCCACCGAUGACAACCUGAUAGACUUGGGUCCCGGCUCCCCUGCCGUGGUCACGCCCAGAGUCCCGUCCAGCCCGCCACGUCACGGCACCGCAGCGGCCGCGGCCUCGCCGGCCCCAAACCCCGCCGCGGCCUCGCUGUCCUCAGCGCUGGCCGGCCUCGAUGUGAGUCCCGCAAGUCGACCAAACCGCAACCAGGACGACUUUGACAUGUUUGCCCAGACUCGGAGCAGCUCUCUGGCUGAGCAGCGCAAAAACGUCAAGUACGAAGCUCCUCAGGCUCUGGGUGGUCUGGCCUCAGCUUUGGACGUUCGACAGCACAACGCGGGAGGGCUGAGGGUAGAAGGGGAUGAAAACCCAGCAGAUCAGGAGCUGCCCAUAGACAGCUGGCUUAUUACCCAAGGAAUGAUCCCUGUAUCGCAGUCGUCUGUCAUGGAUGACAUAGAGGAGUGGCUCUGUGCUGAUGUGAAAGGUGAUCCUCCAGAUGAAGGCGUAACCAGUGAAGAGUUUGACAAGUUUCUGGAGGAGCGAGCGAAAGCGUCAGACACGUCUCCCCCCGGCGACGACGCGGCCCAUCCUGCCCGCGCUCACAAGAAAGCCCAGCGGACGGAAGACGCCCUCUUUGCCUUGUAGAGUCGCGGCCGAGCAUCUCCGUCGCUCUCUCGGGGUCGUCUGAAGGUCAGCACCCUGAAUGAUUCCCCCGUGAAAAUGCUCCUUCAGUCCCAGUUCAUCCUCUUGCCUCCUGCCGCCGUGUCGCUCGAACAUACGGACAGCCGCGAGUUGUACAAUUCCAUUUGUGAAUGUAUUUGAUGCCUUCGUGUGUGGGAGGUAGCGACGCCUUAGGCCUGGUACACACAGAAGGAUUUUUCAAAUAUUCCAAGUUUUUAUUUAUUUAUUUUUUUUAAUCUGUGACAGACACCGCACAUGAAGAUAAAAACAAAUAAAUAAUCAGGAUUUAAACCUUUUGUCCGUUCCAUGCCACAAUAGUCAGCGUCGUGACUCGGGACGUGAAGAUUGUUGGUCGUAAAUAUUGAACGUGUUCAUUAAGAUUGUCGGCCCCCGAUCUGCUUUGGACCCUAAAACCGGGACAAAUCCACUCUUAACACACCUCAGAUUCCUCAUCGUAUGGGAUAAUCUCAUAAGACGUAAGAUUUUCUGCCGUUUGACAUGCUUGGUAAGGAAGGGGCAAAAUUGGCACCAAAACAGCCCGAUUGUCUUUGUGUGUACCGGGCCUUACUUCACAUUCAUAAUUCUCCACCAAAGGAUGACAGCCUAACUUACUAGACGGGCUUUAGAAAUAAAAGAGGGUUGACAAACAUUAUUCGAGACAAACAUCACUCAUGGUAAAGUGGUCAUAACACAGGCUAAUUGCUAAUGUAUGCAUUUAUUGUUUCAAUGGUUUGGGCUGUAGUGUGCACAAGUGCUGUGCUUCUGGUCUAGUAGUAGUUCCAGUAACAGUUAAGUGGAGCGUACGAUCCUGCUAACAUUAAGAUGCUACGAAGUGUUUACGCCAGUCUUGUAACGCUUUCAUCGGAAUUUGACCAGACUGCGAAGAAAAAACAACAUGGGCUGUUUGAAAUAACUCCUCUUAAUAAGCUGUGUAUGUCAGCAACCUUCUAACCAAAGGGCAUCAAAACAUCGCAAAUACUGUGGUACCUCAAUAUUAUGUACAGUAUAUGUGUGAUCACAGAACAAAUUGAACUCUUAUAACGAGGCACCACUGGAUUGGAAAAUCUCUUUUUUGUUCAAAUCUAAAUGCAAAGAGUACCUAAUAUGGCCAUUGAGUACUGUUUGUUCGGAAGAGCCCGAUUGAAUAUGCGGAAUUAUUUCAUUUGUUCUUCCCAUCAGUGACGAGGCCUCAUCGGGAUUUCAUUGGACACUUUGAAGGGGGAAAAACUCAUCUCUUUGUUGUUCUGUGUGUUUACAAGACGGCUCCUAUUUUUCUAGGGAAAGGGAAAUAUUCUUCUGAGUGACUUCAUUUUGCACAUAACUUUUUUUAAAACUUAGCUAUAGACUAGAAUAGAAAUGACAAGAACUGUGGACUAUACAAGAGAGAUUUAAACUAUUGCGCCAAACUAUUGUAAUCAACUACCUACAGGACAAUAAAUGUAAACUAAUGGUAUUAUGAAGGAUACAUCAUUGGCUAGUCAUUAUGUUGUGUAACAAAUAUAUAGCUUCAACGACAAAAAUAUUAGUCAAAUGUUUUUAAUUGUGCUAUGCAGAAAGAAGGGCACUGUGCAUAUUAUUUCUUCCCCUGGUAGUGUAUAUAUUUGUAAGUUUUUACAUUUUUGAGAAACAAAAUAUUUACCAUUCAUUAAAGUCGGCACAAUUUCUACUUUAUUUUAUUAUUAUUAUUAUUAUUAUUUUUUUUUUUAACUCAUUCAUCUGCUCUCCUUCAACUAAGUCUGUCUAUGGUUAUUUCCAAGAUCCCAAAAGUCAAUUCUGUCUUAAAUUCCAGCACUUUGAACAUUGUUUUUUUGUCUAAUUUAGCUCUGCACUUCUAAUUUAUGCUUUUUUAGCUGAAGACCAAAACCCAGACACAUUAUUGUCUGGAUACGCCACUGCUCUGUAGACGCAUUGAAAAAUAAAUGUGCCUACAUAAUCCGCAAAACGCUAAGAUAUUAUAUAUUUUUGUUGCUCUUAACUUUGUUUUAUACAUAUCUAGGACGAGGUUCCAAUAAGUUGAGAUUUAACGGUCAGUCGUGGUGAAACCGAUAACAGGAAAUGUGGCCCGAGGUUAUUUUCAUGUUGUCUUUCUGGCUUUCUGGACCUCGUAACAAGAGUGUUUUCAUGGAGCUUACGUGUUGAUUGCUGCCUGGACUCUUCAAAAUUCCGGAACGUUUUGGAACGUUCUGUGUCCGUUUGGGCGGGGCCAUCUGCUGCCCCCGCUGACUGUCGGGUCUGUGUGUGACUUGAUGCACGUUAUGUACCUGCCCAAUAAAACACACGUGAGACCGCUACCUCA